AUUGAGCUGGAACAUUAAAAUUGGAAAAAACAUUUAAUAUUCGUUUAUUUAUUAUGCGGUUGCAGCCCUGCGAGUUUAAGUGUGGUUAUCUCCAUCCCUAGAAUUCGGUGUCAUCUCAAAGAAACUGUAAAUUACCAAUACGAAAGAUGUACAACUCAGGAGAAAAUUUGUUAUAGAAAAACUAUGAAGCUGAUACUGCCCACGAAACUCAACUUUGAAGCGGAUUACUUUUUCAAAUACGAUUCGGCACCGAGUAUAAAAUUUAGCCAGAGUUUUGGAGAAGCCGAUCUGGUUGAGGGUCUGGGCACUAAUAUGGAUAUGAAUGGAGGCUCCCACCACGGCGAUGCCGCCAACGGAAAUGAUGACAACGAAAAUUUCACCAUAGAUGAUCCUGUCUUGAGCCGAAUGUCGGCAGCGGGCAUUGAAGAUCCCAUGGACAUGAUGAAUGCGGAUUCAUGUGAGGAUAUGCUCAAUCAAAGCCAAAACAUCCAUGAGGAUGAGGAUACAAUCUUGGAGAUAUCCACCGAAUUUAAGGAUGCAACAAGACAGGUCACCAAAGUAAUUGUGCCAUUUUCGAAGCGUGCCAAAAUGAUCGACAUGACAAAUCUCAAGAAAAGCUGCCAUUCUUUGAUCCAGAAACAGCUCCUGAAUCCUGUCGAUGAGGCAUCAGUACCCUCCCACCCAGUGCCAAAGGAAGAAAGCUACGCGAAGGGUACCGCCAGCUUCCAGGAGGUUUACAGAUCCUUGCCUGAUGUAUUGAGUGACAAAAUGAAAGAUUCUCUGUCACCAUCGGUGGCCUUCUAUGCGGUUCUCCAUUUGGUCAACGACAUGAAACUGCGACUCAUUCCACAAGAGAAUCUAAAGUAUUUUCAAAUCCGGCAAGUUCUGGAUGACGAAGUUUAGAAGUUGAAAAGUAAUCAACCUCCACACAAUUUUAAACACAUUUUCAUGCACCAAAACAUACAAAACACUAAACGAAACGAAGCAAGGCUCAUCUCCAAUGUGUUUUUGGAUGAUUUUUUAAUUUCAUCUCUUAAACGGUACCCCGUUAUAAGUCAUAAGAUUUACAAUAAUAGAAAUGUGUGUGCUAUUAACAAUAAAUAUAUAUUUUUGAGAGCACAUGCACUUUGAA